AUGGCUGGGAGUUCAUCACAGUCGCAGGCUCCCAAAAUCCUAUUAGCGAAACCACCCGGGUUGGGAACUACUGGACCGGCGGUGGCUGCUGCUGCUAAAUUUGGACGCGAAGACGAAACAGCGCCUCAUCACCGUCGGUCUCGUCUCCCUUCAAUCACCUCUCUCAAUCUCCUCUCCGAUUCUUGGGACUUCCAAAUUGAUCGCUUCCUCCCUUUCCUGACGGAGAAUACAGAUUUCACAGUGGUUGGAAUAAUAGGGCCACCUGGGGUUGGCAAGUCGACAAUCUUGAACGAGCUUUAUGGUUUUGAUGGAACCUCACCAGGGAUGCUUCCGCCUUUUACUGUACAGUCUGAAGAUAACAGAGCAAUGGCAAAGCAUUGUACUGUGGGAAUUGAACCCAGGAUAUCUGCCGAGCGGCUUAUACUUCUCGAUACCCAGCCUGUUUUUAGCCCUUCUGUUUUGGCAGAGAUGAUGAGACCUGAUGGCUCAUCCACAAUUUCAGUUUUAAGUGGUGAAAACCUUUCUGCCGAGUUGGCUCAUGAACUUACAGCUAUUCAGUCUGAUUUUGUUGUAAGUACAUUCUCAACGUUAUUGAAAGAUAAAAUGCCUGAUGAACUUCUAUGUUUCUGGGAUGCUGCAAGGACUCAUUCUAGCUUGGUUGACUUGCUGAAACAUGGCAUACCUGAUCCAUCUGUACUAAACUCUUCACAUUUGCAUAGCUCUAAUGCGGGGCCUGAGAAAGGAAACAAGGAUAAAGUCUCUGAGGCUGAAGAGUAUCUGGCCACUCCAGUCUUUGUACAUACAAAGAGCACCUAUCUAAUUAUCUCUUUUUGUAGACUGCUAGAUGAACAUUGUACUCCAUCUAAUUUUGCGGAACUGAGGAAGGAACUAGCACAAUAUUUCAGCUCCUCUUCAUUCAUCAAAGACAAAGGCGUAAGCAUGGCAAAAGAACAGCUCUUUUCUUCCAUGCCUUCAAACAGUCAUAAUAAUGAUUCUGAUUCAAAAUCUAUAAAUCUUUUUGUCAUUCCAUCCAAGGACAAGGAUAACUCUCUUAGAGUUCAGUACAAAAGUUACAUCUCUGCGCUAUGGAAAUUGCGAGAUCAGGUUUUAUCAAUGAACGGCCUGUUCUUUGCUAGGGCAGUCUCAGAACGUGACUGGUUGAAAAAUUCUGCCAAGAUCUGGGAAUUAGUUAAAAGCUCUGCAAUCAUUGCAGAUUAUGGCCAAGCACUUCAAAGUUCUGGGAUUUUUAGGAGGUAG